UCACUUUGUUUUGAUCCACACUUAGUGGAAUUUCACCACGUAAGGGAAGGCGCUUGCUGCAAAGGAAAGGAGAUUCGUCUUUCAAAGUAUUCCUGAUUGUUGAUAAGCCGUGCAUGGCUGUCGUCUCAUCCUGUCACAACAAAGGCAAUACAUACGAAAAGACCACAGCCGAUAAGAUCGGGUCGGCCGUACAGGAGGGGAUGAAGUAUUCGUGGUCUGGUACUCGUCGGACCAAACACGAUAGUAUAUCUUCGGUUGACAGCAAUUCUUCUAGCGAUUCACCUUUCCCAGACUCUCCAAGCGAGAAACCUUCAAAGAUGAACCCAAAUAAAAAGCCAUGUGGUAAAAAGAGAGGCAGAAGACCCUCUAAAAUCGACUUGGAAGCAAAACUGGAGCGAAGUAGACAAUCUGCUCGAGAGUGUCGCGCUCGAAAGAAGCUGCGGUACAAGUACUUGGAAGAUAUGAUCGCUGACAAAGAAACUUAUGUGUAUAAACUCCGAGAAGAGCUAGAAAUGUACCGAAGGUGGUGCAAGGCUGUUGAUAAGGGAGCAUAUCCUGCCGAGCUAUUGGAAUUCUUGAAAAACAACACCAAAGGCAGCAAUUGAAGUUGGCAGACCGUGAUGGGAUCCUAGUCUGACCGAUUAAUCAACGGAUACAGGCCAACAUUGAAGGAAAUUCUUCCUCUCCUCAGAAUUCCAACGGAUGUGGUUACAGUUAUGUACCAGGAGAUGCUUUUGAUCUUCUGAGCUGCCUUCGUGAACUGAGGAAUAGUACUCCUAAUAAUUUCAAGGCUUCAUAUGUUCAUUUUAGACCAACUUACAAUUUAAGUCUAUGCAAAGAGCAGUGACAUGAUGUUUAGCAAGUGAUGUCAUUAAGCUUUAGAUUGGCAUAUUUCUUUGAACUCUUUAUUUGUGUAAUUAUGAUGUAUAUGCCUCCGGGUAAUUAACCCCACUCAACCACAGAAAGAUGAAAUAUUUUAAGGGUGGAGGGAGGGGCUCUUGGUUUGGGGUUGAAGAAAAGUGGAAUUUCUGGGGGGGGUGAGCAAUGCAGAACUCUAUGCCUUCUCUGGUGGGGUUAUUUCUGGGACAAUACAGAAAUAAUUGAUGUGGCCAACAAAGUUGGUUUUACCUGAUAUUUUUGAGGCCUUGAGGUUUACUUUCUUUUACACUAAGUAGGCUUGAUUCCAACCAUGUUGACAAAAAACAAUUGUUUGUCUUUAAGGAUGCUUUGAUGAAUUUUCAACUGAUGUCAGAGCAUUAAAGGUAAAUGUUUAAAUAGUAUUAAAAUGCGUGGUGUGUACAGCGAUGAAAUGAAUACAAAACAGAUCCUAGACACCACUAGUUUCAGUCACUUCUGGGUGACAUAAGCAUUUCUAGUUUUGAUGGAACAGAUAAUGUACAAUUGAUUUCCAACUUGGGAAGAUAUGUGGCUUAGAAACAUGUAAUUUUUCCUUACUGUAUUAUCCCUGCAUCAUACAUGAAGUUAAUGAGAAUAAAGGAAAUAAUCAGCAACUAGAAGAGAAACUUUUUGAUUGUUGAAAAAAUUCUCCUUGUUGGCACCUUGGGAUAUGUAUGGUGAGCAGUACAGAGAAUAUGCAUGCUAGUAUUAGGGUGUGAAGAGUUAAACACCUUUUCUUUUAUUGUGUUCAACAAAAAGGAUGUCAAAUGGGUGUUUUUUUUUUAUUUAUUCCGUGUUUUCCAUAACAAAAAAAAUCUAGUUUAAAAAUUUAAAUAUAGCGAUGUAACCAUGUGGAAAGUUUUGAAAAUAAUUUUAAGUAAUCAUAAAUUGAUUCUAGUGUUAAAGACUUCAUAGCAGUCUUAGUUUUACUGUGUAUAAUUUUAGAACUAUUGAAUAUCAGAUGUGUCUUGUCAGUGUUAAAAUGAGAUAUUAAAAGAGUUUUUAAGACAUCCGA